AUGCUUGAGGGCCAAGAGCUCUUUGGUUUGACGAAAUGUCGCAAGUGUCUCAAGUGUCUGAAUGUGAUGUGCGAAGAUUUUGAGAUCAGCAAGAUGCAAGAGAAAUUAGCUAUCAUGUGA